GCAGACAGGGGCUUAAAGGCUGCGCGGUCCCUUUUAUAAGCCUCGCAAAGCGGAAGGACUUCACACCAGUGGUCCGGCCAGCCAAGAGCAGCGAGAGCUACAGAGCAAGAUGGCUCACAGGCUGCUAGUCCGCAGAUUUUGGACCCUGACCGUCAAAGACAUCCGCCGUCUUCCAGCGUCCACCACAGUCUCCUCCUCCUGCUCCUUCUCCACCUCGCUGCAGUCUGCGACACCUCGUCUCUCCUUCCUCUCCCCCGCUCGCACUCUGCCUCGCUCCCUCCCUCACACCUCUCGCCGCGAGGUCUCCUUCAACGUUCAGGACCACGAGGACUUCACAGAGAGAGUCAUCAACAGCGAGCUGCCCGUUCUAGUCGACUUCCAUGCGCAGUGGUGUGGUCCCUGUAAGAUCCUUGGGCCGAGGUUGGAGAAGGCCGUUGCUAAACAGAAAGGCCGUGUUGCCAUGGCAAAGGUUGACAUAGAUGAUCACACAGACUUGGCUAUUGAAUAUGGGGUUUCUGCGGUUCCCACGGUAAUCGCCAUGCGGGGAGGCGAUGUCAUCGACCAGUUUGUGGGGAUCAAAGACGACGAUCAGCUGGACUCGUUUGUCAGCAAACUCAUUGGACAAUAAACAGUGUGUGGCCCAACCCCUGUCAUUCAUCACCACCAUGACGCCAUUUUGUAUGAUUUCUGGCACCAUCUGUAGUGCCCAACAGCCAUUUUGAGCUUGUUAAAUGACAACCAACAAGUUAACAAAACCCUGCCACAAUCCCAGCUGGCAAACUCUCAAAUGUUCACAUUGCUUCUGCUGUGUAUUAUUGCUUCUCUCUCUCUCUCUCUUUCUCUCUCUCUCUCUCUGUCUCUUUCUUUAGUCUAGUGAUGGGUGUGUGCCUUUGUGGAGCCCCAGCCCUAUUUUUUUUUUUUUUUUUUUGUAAUGUCAUGCUUCCAUUUUGCAGCGGUUUCAUCUCUCUUUUGUAAUGUAAUGUAAUGUAAUGGCUCCAGGCUAUCCAAACUACUAGAGCAGCUGAGCCAGUGAGUACCAGUUUGCUGUAAUAGAUUUUAUAGAGUGGACAGCUACUCCAUUGUACUGCAAUUAUACUGUGCUAUGAGGGAUGAACGUUUAUAGUUUUAGAGAGGGAGGAUUUACAGGAGACUUGACAAUAGUGAAUGAGCUUUGUGACAACAUUAUCUGCAGUUCCUGCUCUGUCCACACGAGGGUGGCCUUUCUCCAGCAGUGCAAGGCCACACACAGUCAUUUUACACCAUUAUGCCUAAUAACGUGAGAAAGGAAUGUGUGUAUGUGUGUGUGUGUGUGUUAGUGUGUGUGUUUCUGUCUGCAGUCUGUCUGUCUCUGGGUACUGACUGUGAAAUGUGAGUCAAGCGGGAAUAACAAAUAUGGUUAUGUGUUUGACUUAGUUUAUUAUUGAAAUAAAAUUUAUGUAAUAUGAUCAAGUGAAGUAAUAAAGGAGUUUAAAGAUGGUCUGUAA